UCAAGAAAUUUAUUUUCAGAAUAAUAAUGUAUCACUACAAUUACGGUUUGGUAAAGUUGGCUCUGAGUUAAUAAAGUUUUACGAUGCUACAGUGGUUUCAUUUGUUUUUAAGAAAGAACAGAUCUUCCUUAAAAAUGGGACUCUCGUAUGGCGAUCCUGCAGGAAAAAAACUCCAGUGUCUAAAAAUAGUUGCGAUCCAACAGAUGUCAUCCACAUGCGUUUAUUUUGUCUUUCCGCGGGUUACGAAUCAAGUGUGUGAACAUCGAAGAAAAACUGCCGUUAAGGAUUAAAAAUAAACAGGAGAGACUAUCUCUCACGAAAUGUUCGCGUAUCAUAAAAAAAGAACAAUAAGCAAAUCUCUGGAGAGCUUUGGGACAAGUGAAUUUUUAGGGCUGACUCCCUCUGGCACGAGGAAGGAGGGCGUUUGCGGUGUAGGCAGGAUGAUAUCACCAAUGUACACCGAAUUAAUAUACAUUGUCGCACCUCAUGGUGCAGCGAAAGGGAUUAUUUUAUGGGGUCUUUCGAACAACCACAAUCAAUUGCUGAAUAAUAUGCGAAAUCUGCUAUGCACGGUUUUCCCACGAUUGCGACGAACAAGUGCACAGCUAAUCAAAUUAUUUAUCAUUGAUCCGAUUAACCCAAUAAAAAAGUGCAAAGCUUUCGUACACAUACACAUAGAUCAGAUAACCGGAGCAGCUAUUAUUGUGUAUUUCCUGCAGCUUUCAAACUGUGAGCGGAUGGCAUCCAAACAGAACAGCAGCUGCAAGAACCCCCGACAAAUGGUUCAGGUAAAUUAAGAUUCAGGUAAGAAUUCUUAGUCCGUUGCCCCCCUUAUUCUUUGAUACGCGUUGUUACUGAAAUUAUAGGAUUUGAAAAGCCGCCGAAAACAGAAAGACGCACGUUCGAAGGGAUUUCUGAAUCUGUUCGACCCCCGCAUAAAUUUCUAACUUUGUUUUGUACCUUGUAACUACAUAACAUUUAAUAAAAUGAAUAUUUCAUCACCAAGACUGAUUUUGAAACCUUACCUUACAAAUCCCCGCAUAAUAUUUGCAAAUAAUUAUUUAUUGUAUAAUGUUAUUAAUAAUUGUGCAGGAUUAAAGAACGACUUCCUCAUAUUCGUAGUACUUUUACUAAACGAUUCAAGUGUCCUUUUUAAUUUUCAGUUUUUUCAAUCAUCAGCAGGAUGUAACUCAUUACUUAAAUAACUCGUUGAAUUUCGUACGGUCACUUUUCGAAGAGCAGA